UUGAAAUUUAUUUGUAGAGCUAGAAUGAAAAUUAAGGAAUUGGAGAAACAACUGCCAUCCAAUUUUGAAAAACUUACUUCGAUGCAAAAUGAUGUAAUUGAUAUGCAACUUAGAAAUGCAGGGAAAGAAAAAAAAGGACAACGAUUUACAAAGAGCCAAAAGGCACUUUUUUUAUCUCUUUAUAAGGUGUCCCUAAAGGCUUAUCGGUUUUUGCGGAAAAUAAUGAUUUGUCCAUCGAUAAGAAGCUUGAGGAGAUUUAUGUGCAAUCUCACAUUGCAUACAGGAAUUAAUGGGAACCUAAUGACACAUUUAAAGUCAGAAGUUGAAAAUUUUGAUUCUGACCAAAAACUGACAGAAAUGAUGUGGGACGAAAUGUCACUCAUGCCGCACGUGUUAUAUGAUGCUCAAAGAGAUUUAAUUCUUGGAUUUGAAGAUUUUGGUUCUAAAAGAACCAGUAAGUUUGCGGAUCAUAUCCUCGUAUUUAUGAUUAGAACUUUGAAGACCGGCGAGAAGAAACCCUUUUCAUACUACUUCUGUAAUUCUGGAACAAGAUGGGAGCAAUUAGUCGUAUGUAUCAAAGAAAAUGUAAAAGCAGUUAAAGGUACUGGUCUUGAACUCAUAUUAACAAUAUGCGAUCAAGGAACGUCCAACGUCAAGGCAAUCAAGGAGCUUCAGCAGCAGUAUAAAGAGCAGUGUCUGAGAAACAAUGUAAAUAUUGGACAUCCUGUUGAAGUGGAAGUAGUAGGUGUUAAAAUAAUUAUGGUCUUCGAUCCUGUCCAUGUCUUCAAAAGUGUCCGAAACAAUUUUUCUGUUAAAGACAUUGUCACAAAUUUCGUUGACGCUAGUCGAAAUUUUCCUGUGAAAAGAAAAUAUGCAUCUUGGGAUGUGAUUGAAGAUGCAUUCGAUAUGGACCAGCAUUGCGAUUCACUGCAACAAAACUGACUGAAGAACAUAUACGACCCGGCAAAAUUAAAAAAAUGAAAGUUUCUGUAUGUGCACAAACGCUCAGUGAGACUAUGGCCAUACAUAUUUUGGAAACAAUUCGCCUUGGUGAAACUGUUCAAACGCCAAGAGGCCCAGGUGCGAUUUUUUGGUCGGCCCAUAGUUGGGCCAACUUUUACAAAGUCGGUCCAACUUCUCGUGCCAGAGGUUGGGCCAACCAUACAGAUGAUAA